UUUACUACUAAAGUAAAAUGCUACUACUAGAGAGAAAAUGUUGAAGAAAUCAUCUGUACCGAUGUUUUAGAGUGAGAAAAUGUUGGAGAGAGAGAGAAAGAGAGAGAGACAGAGAGGGCGAGCGAGGGAGAGAACACGCACGCGUUGAUCUUGUGAAGAAGAUUAUGUACGCACAACACGAAAUAGUUUUGAAUUGAGAGUUUGAAGUUUUGCGUAGCUAAUUUCACGGUGUGAAGAUUGAUGUUAGGUCUGAAAUGAGCACGGAAGAAAAGCAUGCGGUGACGGUUCGAGACCUCGUGGAGGAGGCGAAGAAGCGGAUUGUGUUUCUGAUCAUGUGCGCGGUCGGAUUGUCUUAUCUCUUGUCUAUGACAAGCUCCUCAGUCUGGGUUAAUUUGCCCGCUGCAGCAUCCUUAAUUGUCACCGUUCGCUAUUUUUCUCUGUACUUUGAAAUGCGGGGAAAAGCUGCGGUAUACAACAGCAAACCAACAUUAGCACAUAUUUCUUCUAAAACGAAACCUUUUGAAGGUCCUAACACCGGUGUUAUGAAGUCUGAUUGGAGAAGGAAGGUGAAUUCCCCUGUUGUCGAGAAUGCAUUAGAUCAGUUCACUAGGCAUCUAGUUUCUGAGUGGGUGAUGGAUCUGUGGUACUCUCGCCUAACCCCUGACAGACAAGGUCCAGAGGAGUUGGUUCAUAUCAUGCAUGGUGUUCUGGGAGAGAUUUCAUCUCGCCUGAGAAAUGUAAAUCUCAUAGAUCUUCUGACAAGGGACAUUAUUAGUAUUUUAUGCACGCACCUGGAGCUUUUCCGUUCAAGUCAGUCAAAGAUUGAAAAGCACCAACUUGGACCACUGACUUUUGAACGUCGUGAUGUGGAAUUAAAAUCCAUUCUAUUUGCAGACAACAAAUUGCACCCUGCCCUGUUUUCUGCUGAAGCUGAGCACAAGGUGCUUCAGCACUUGAUGGAUGGUCUCAUAUCUUUCACAUUCAAACCUGAGGAUUUGCAGUGCUCUUUGUUCCGCUUUACUGUUAGAGAGCUUCUUGCUUGUGCACUAAUGCGACCAGUAUUGAACUUAGCAAACCCAAGGUUUCUUAAUGAAAGGGUUGAGUCUGUAGCAAUUUCUUUAAGCAAGGCUAAUGAAGGAGCGGCUACACUCUUGGCAUCACAGUCUAAAUCAAAAGCGUCUUCAAGGAUUUCAUCUGAUCAUUUCACUAGGAUUCUGGACCCUUCUGUUAAGGGUGUUGAGCUUGUCCCACUCAAAAAGGAUCCAUCCAAAACUUUGGAAGAGAAAUCCACAAAAGACAAUGCAAAUGGAACCCUCACGAAGGACCCAUUGCUUUGUAUGGAUACUAGAUCAACCCUUUCUUGGAGUUCUCAGCCAUUGGAUCCACUAACUGGUGAUGGUAGAGGUAGUCAACGACUCCACUCUGGGGAGAUUUGGGAUGGUACAGUAGUUAUGAUUUCUCGCAGAGAAACUGAAGCUAUUGCUCCAAAUCAUUUUGAAAACUACAGAAGGAAGGAAGAUGAGAAUUAUGCUAUUGAGUCAGGGAUAAAAAGUUCUUCAGCAUUAUAUAAAACAGCAGAUAAUUUGAAGGUAUUGUCAAGGGAGAAAGAAAAGGAUGGUGCAACCAAGAUUAGUUCUGAUCACAGCAAUGCUGCUCUUUCUAGGCGUAAUGGGAACAUUACAAGUCACCUUUCUGCUAUUUCAUAUAUAGAGUUUGAUGAGAAUGAUCUCAUGCGGUUGGAGGAGGUAGAAUCAGGGAGCAGUUCUUAUACUAGUGAAGAUGAUGAAACCAGCAGUGUGACUGGUCUUGAUUUUCCGGUCAACAAAGUUUGGGAUGGUAAACUAAAUAGAUAUCUUUCGGUUUCACACAUUCAUCAUCCACUGCAGAGUUCUGAAGGCUGUAACACAAGAAAAAGUGGCGUAGGACAUCUUCACUCUAGAUUACAUAGGACUCAAUCUAGGAGGAAAAGGUUUAAGAGAUUAAGCAGUCAGAAGAGGCACAUCUGGCAAGAAGUUGAGAGAACAAGCUUCUAUUCAGGAGACAGGCAGGAUAUACUGAAUUCUUUUAAAGGACGUGUGGAAUCUGAGGACUCUAGUGAUGAUUAUGAGGCAGAAGUUUUGGGUAGAAUUCACAGUGGAGCAACUGCUUCUUCAUCCACUUCCUCAACUCGUUUACUCGACUGUGAUAAUUUGGCCGUCAGUGCUCAGAAAAACUCAUUGUUGCCAGAUUCCUUUCUGAAGUUGAGAUGUGAGUUUGAAUGCUAUUUCCAGUCGCAGGUAUUGGGUGCCAAUAUUGUGAAGGGUGGCUCUAGAACAUUCGCCGUUUAUUCCAUUUCUGUUACAGAUACGAAUGAGGAUAGUUGGUCUAUCAAAAGAAGGUUUCGGCAUUUUGAGGAACUCCAUCGACGUCUUAAGGAGUUUCCAGAAUAUAAUCUUCAUUUGCCACCGAAGCAUUUUCUGUCAACUGGACUAGAUGUGCUUGUCAUUCGAGAACGGUGUAAAUUGCUACACAAGUACUUGAAGAAGCUUCUUCAGCUUCCAACUAUUUCAGGAUCAAUAGAAAUUUGGGACUUCCUUAGCGUUGAUUCCCAGACAUAUGUAUUCUCACAUUCUAUAUCCAUCAUUGAGACAUUGUCAGUUGACCUAGACAGUAUAACCCAUGAAAGAAGUGAAGAGGCUCAGAAUGCUCUUGGGCAGACUGUAAAUCCCUUACCUUCCCAUUGUGAACAUCGCAAUGCUGAGAGCAAGGAAUCUGCAUUAGCAAUGAAGCAUAAUAUUGUUGGAGAUGGAUCAAGAGUACAGGCACAAGGCGCAGUUUAUACACAGCAACAAAAACCAUCUGAGGACUCUGACAAAUCAGACCAAAGAAAUAUAUCCCUGUCCAGAAAGUCCAUAAACAGAAUCGAAGGUGAUGAUUUACAAACUUCAUCUCAGCCAAUUAUUGGUGCUGCUUCCGAUCCCACCCUCCCUACUGAGUGGGUACAGCCAAAUCUAAGUGCUCCCCUAUUAGAGUUGGUUGAUGUGGUUUUCCAGCUCCAAGAUGGUGGUUGGAUCAAGCGGAAGGCUUUUUGGGUGGCCAAACAGAUAUUACAACUGGGAAUGGGCGAUGCCUUUGAUGAUUGGUUGAUUGAGAAAAUUCAGCUUUUGCGUAGGGGAUCUGUGGUCGCUUCAGGGAUCAAGCGGAUAGAGCAGGUACUUUGGCCUGACGGAAUAUUUAUAACAAAGCAUCCAAAGCGACGACAACCAAACCCUUCUGGGAGCACACCCCAGAGUUCACCUUGUGGGCACCCUCCCACGUCUGUAUCUUCGCCUAAGAAAGUGGAUGCCGUAGAAUUGGAUGAGAAUCGACUAAAGGAAGCUGAACGGCGUGCCAGAUUUGUACAUGAGCUUAUGAUUGAUAAUGCACCAGCUGCGAUCGUGGGUCUUGUUGGUCACAAGGGGUAUGAACAAUGUGCAAGGGAUAUCUAUUACUUUCUUCAGUCAUCUGUAUGUUUGAAGCAAUUGGCCUUUGACCUUCUUGAGCUGCUUCUCUUGUCGGCAUUUCCGGAGAUGGAUUACGUCUUCCAGCAGUUGCAUGAAGAGAAGGAAAAGUUUGGGGGAUUCAGAACUACUUGAUAUGUAUCUUGAUCACAGAUUUGAGAGCGAUAACCACCACUUGUGUUUCCGAUUUGUAGAACAUAAUUUGUUGAAGAACAGGUUUCUUAUAUUGCAGCAGCAACUUGAGAACCGAAAAUAGAUUUCCCAACGUGAAUUGUCGGAGCCGAGUUCCAUCAAGUUAGAUUUGGGGGGUCCGAUUAGUUAUUACUAGGUUUUAGUUGCAAUUUCAUGUAAAUCUCUAGGCCCUUAUAUAGAUAUGAUAAAGUUUCCUUUAAUUAGAAAUGACAAAGGUUCCGAUUUGUAAUUAGCUUCUGGUUGCAAUCUCAUGUCCAUCAAUCUAAUUCUCCUUUUUUCUUUCCUCA